CCCCCUCACUAGCAGGCGCAAAAUCUCCACUGGUGUCAGCUUCUUCUCCUCCUUCUUCUUCUUCCACCGGAUAGAUCCUUCGCGAGCGAGACGUGGAAUCUGCGCGUUAAACGAUCUCUCUCUCUCUCUCUCUCUCUCUCGCUCGCCCUGAGCGCGCCCGAAAUGGCGAUCGUACGCUCCCCGUAGGAGCGGCGGCCGGCUCUCGCGUUCCGCGGCGGACGAUGCCGUGACCGGCCGGAAGAGAGGGGUCGCGCGCUCUCCCGCAUCGCGCCAAUCGCUCCGGCGACCGAGCGAGGUUUUUGCCGAGUUUCCGGCGAGGCUUGGUGGGGUUUCGAGUGAGGCGGUGGCGAGCUUGCAUGGGAUCGGAGCAGAACCGGUUCCCUCUCCAGCAGCUGCGACCGGAGCCGCGAAAGAGAUGGGGUGGCUGUUGGGGUGCUUUCUCUUGUUUUGGUGCUCAGAAAGGUGGGAAGCGUAUAGUUCCUGCAUCUCGUAUUCCCGAGGGCAAUGCCUCAGCAACACAGCCAAAUGGACCCCAAGCUGCUGGCUUGGCCAACCAUGCUACUACCAUAUCUCCAUCUCUUUUAGCUCCGCCUUCUUCUCCAGCAUCCUUUACAACUUCUGCUCUCCCUUCGACAGCCCAGUCACCUAAUAACUGUUUCCUGUCAUUGUCUGCCAACUCCCCUGGUGGCCCUUCAUCCACAAUGUUUGCUACAGGACCAUAUGCCGGUGAAACACAGCUGGUUUCCCCUCCUGUUUUCUCAACUUUCACGACCGAGCCAUCUACUGCUCCUCUCACUCCCCCACCAGAGUUGGCUCAUUUGACUACUCCCUCUUCCCCUGAUGUUCCUUAUGCUCAUUAUUUUUCAUCUGUAAAAGACAUCAAAUGUCGUGACAAGACCAGUUAUGUUGCUUCACAUGAUCUCCAGGCUACAUAUUCGCUUUACCCUGGAAGUCCUCCCAGUGGUAUGAUCUCACCGAUUUCAAGGAUGUCUGGUGAGUGUUUACCAUCAUCAUUCCCGGAACGUGAAUAUCCUUCACAGUGGGAUUCAUCUGUUUCCCCCCAAAGCGAUCGGGGUGGUUCUGGAAGAGAAUCUGGGCAUAGCCCCACUGGUGCUUCUAGAAGUGAUACGAAUUUCUUCUGUCCAGCUACAUUUGCUGAAUUCUAUUUGGAUCCUAAUCAACCACCUCAUACUGGUGGGAGGUUGAGUGUUUCCAAGGAUUCUGAUGCCUACUCUACCGCUGGAAAUGGAAAUCAGAAUUGGCAAAGUAGUAGAAGCCCAAAACAAGAUGCAGAGGAAAUUGAAGCGUACAGAGCUUCCUUUGGGUUCAGUGCAGAUGAAAUAAUUACUACGACCAAUUAUGUGGAAAUUGCUGAUGUUACAGACGACUCAUUUACAAUGACACCUUUUCCCUCCAAUAAUCCACCCACUGAAGGAUCUACACAAGCUGGACUGUAUAGUGAAGGUCAAAAGGCGGACUUUCUGCCCUUCAAAAGCCUUAAAGCUGACCAGGAUGUGCAACGUGAUCUACUAACUUCGCAUGAUACUGGAAAAGAUCUUAACUCAUGCAAUGUCUCUGGAUUAAGCACACCUGGUAUCCAUGUUCUGACUGAUGAUGAAGAUGUAUUUUCAAGGAUUCAUUUACCCAAGAACGGUCGUAAAUAUGAAUUAGGCUCUUCUAUGUCCGAUGCGGAGAUUGACUAUGGAAGAGUAAGAAGCUUGAGAGAAGGCAAAGUAGGUUUCAGGCGGCAUGGUUGAGCGGCUGUCAAACAAGGAGUUGGUCCUUCUGUAUUUAUAUGCAGGUUUGUUAAAAUUUCUUGUGUCUGCGGAUGCUGUUAAUAGGCGCAAUGAUGUAAGUGUAGCUGAAAUCUGUCUGGUGGUUCCUGGCUUGGUCUUUCUGAUAGAGUGUAAUUCUCCAUAUUUCGUUCUUGCUUCUUCUGGACAAGUUAUAUAUGGGAGGCAUUUUACGCGUAAGCCUUAGUAAAACUUGUUUAAGGGAA